AUGGAAGAAAAAAAUACUACUGUUGUGUGCAUGGGUGAUUUUUUUUUAUUACGAGAAAAAAUAGUGAAGAAUAAAAACAAUUCGAUAUUUUGGUUUACUUUUGGAAUCAUCGAUUCUCUGUUACGUGGAAUUGGUCAAGUAAUAUUUGCCAACAAUCCAUUGAGUGGGUUAUUAAUAUUACUGGCACUACUAUUUUCAUCACCGUUAGUCAUAUGUACCGGUUUACUAACAGGAUUUUUAGGACUCACUGUAUCUAUGUUAAUACAAGAACCAUUACAAAAUAUCGAAAAUGGUCUGACCGUUUACAAUCCAGUACUUGUUGGCUGUAUAACAUAUUCAUUAUUUUCAAAUAAUUAUAAUAAUGGAAAUUGGGAUUCAUUUUCAGUCCUUUUGACAUUUAUCGCAACUAUUUUAAGUGUUUACUUAACACGUUCAUUAACGACUGAUAAUUUUCCUUGUGUCACUCUACCAUUUAAUCUCAUCGAAAUAAUUUUAUUUAUUAUUCUAAUGAUACAAGGCAAUGACUCUAAAAUUAAUUUAAUCGAAACAAAUAAUAUAGCAAACAUGACUGAUAAUUUUAUAAAUCAAAAUGCAAAGAGCAACGAAAAUUCAACAAACUUGGAUUGGGGAAUGGUAUUUAGAGGAAUGGUAGUAGCGUCAUCACAAGCAUAUGGUGUUGAUAAUGUCCCAGCAGGCUCAAUUAUUUAUUUAGCUGUGGUAAUUUAUUCACCAGUUACUGCUGUAUUUUCAUUUACCGGCGCAGCAUUCGGUGCAUUAAUCGCUUUAGGUCUAGGUAUACCUUACAAGGAAAUUUAUUCCGGAUUGUGGGGUUACAAUAGUUUUUUAACAGGAGCUGCAUUCGGAGGAUUAUUUAUAACUUUUAAUCAGCAGACUAUACCAUUGACUAUUGCAUCAAUUUCCUUUACCGUAGCUGUGCAAUAUAUUUUGCAACAUACAUUUUCUCAAUUUAAUAUUCCAAUAUUUACGAUACCAUUUGUAAUAACAUUUUUCAUAUUUUUGGGAGUUAGAAAAUCUAAUGGAUUUUUUAUAAAACCGGAAACUGUAACUUUUCCCGAAGAACAGAGGCAGCGAUAUUUGAAUAGUCAAGUUCACGGUUCGAGUCCCGUCCAAAGUAUUUCAGAUUAAAUUGAAAAUAAAAAAAAUUUUUUUUAUUGUGUUGACAAAAAAAUGAAAAUUUUAUUAAAAAAAAAAGUAGAGGCUAAUUUUUAAUUUAGAAAAUUUAAAUUGGACCUCAUAUAUGACAUAAUAAAAAUAGUAAUUUUAAAUUAUCAUUUAAUUAAGGAAACAAACUUAUGGUUUUAACCUCAGUAUCAUUCUUAAGGAAGUUUUAUAUCAAUAUGUAUAUCUUGUAAUGUAUAUCAAAUGUAUAUCUUAAAAAUAUUGUAAGUCUAUAUGAUCAUAAUCUUGGACAGAUUUAAGGCAAGAAAUUUCCUUAAGAUAUCUUAAGCAAAUCUGUUGCAAUACUUGGCUA